AUGGCUUCAUUAAAUGACAAAAGGGAUUUGUCAAAAUUAAUUCAAGAAAUAGAAAGUGGUGAUAUAUUUAUUAAAGAUUUUAUCAAAGAUUACAAUACUAAUGGAUUCCAGAAAGAGAAAUUUUUAAAUUUUUGUAAACAAUUUAUGGAAAUGGAGGAAGUUAGUAAUCGAGUUUUAUUACACAAUCAAUUACAUUAUUUUUCUUAUAAUUUAAUGAAAAAGACUAUUAAUAACGAUGACUACAUUCACAAAUUAGCAACUCUUAUUUUUAAAAAAUCUUUGUACAUUGCUUUUAAUUUUAAUUGGUCUUUUGGUGAUAAUCAUGAUAUGUAUGAAAAAAUUACGUGUAUGUUUCCUGAUUGUAAUUUUGAUUUUACCACUUUAAAUAUGAAAGAUGUAUAUAAAGAAUAUCUUUCAUUAAUUUGUACAAUUGACAAGGAAAUAAGAACAUAUGAUGAUAACCUAACUAAAAAUAGUUUACCUAAAAGCCCAAAGGCAACGACUGAUGAUAGUAACAAUUGCAUAAUUUUUUCAAAAUAUGAUAAACCAAAAACUCCGAAUAAUAGAGCGACAAAUACAUCGGAAUCUUUAGAUAUUUGUAGCUCUGCUAAAAAACCAAAAUCUCUAACUUCUUCUAUCAGCAAACCAAUAGAAGAAAUUAUUAAUAAAACUGAAACAAUUUUUGAUGAUUUGUGGUAUGAUGAUUUUUGGAAAUCAAAACAAAAGUGGUUAUUUGAUAAAUUAUCAGAACAUUUUAAGAUCUCUCUUUAUCAGAAAGAAAAUCUUUCUUCAAUUUUAACUACUUAUAUAAAACAUCUUAUUAAAAGAAAUGUAUUAGAGUUUACAGAUGUAAAAAAAGCCAAAGAAGCUAUUAAUAAAUCUAUAUAUAAAAUGUAUACAUUCAUUAUUUACAAAGAUUCUGGAAAAAAAUUAUUUGAUGAUAUUUUGAGUGGUAAAGUUACUGGAAGACAACUUUCAAAAUAUAGAAAUGAAGAUUUAUCUGAAAAAAAAGAUUCAUUUGCAACAAAUGAAAUAAUUUACAAUAGUGAAUUACUUAAUCUACCUGCUAUACAAACAUUUCCAUGUAAAAAAUGUGCAACUAUGCACAGUAAAAAUGAUACCUGCCGAAGAGAUGAUUAA